AUGGACGAAUCUUUACCAACCAGAUGGGAAAUAGAAUUGGAGUUUGUCCAAUCUUUAGCGAAUAUUCAGUAUUUGAAUCAUUUAGCACAGAAUAACUAUUUAAGUAAUCCUGAAUUUUUAAACUAUAUUGAAUACCUUAAUUACUGGAAAGAACCAGAAUAUUCGAAAUACUUAGUAUACCCAAACUGCUUGCACAUAUUAACUCUAUUACAGAACGAAGAGUUUAGAAAAAAUAUUUUGGUUCCAGAUUUCAUGAACACCGUAAUGAACGACAUGGUUAAGAGAUGGCAAGAUCAAGAUAGCGUUUUCGGCGCCACUCCCCAAUCACAGUCAGAGGGACUCAAUGCAUCCAAUACCGAAGAUAAAGACCAACCAACGGUAGAAGUUAAUGGUCUUGGAAGUAACUAG